AAAAUACGUGCACUUGGAUUCAUAUAAAAAUAGUUGUAGAAAAAGAGCGCAGACGAAUGGCGCCAUUUGUUGAUAUCUGCUGUGCACUUGAAUACUAAACACUGACUCCAAAGUUACUCAACACACAUUAUGGUUGUAGCCCUGUGAAAUCAAUUGUUAACCAAAGUAGAUGAUGAGAGGAUGAUGGAACUAAUUGUUUUGGCAAAGAUCAUUGGCAAAGUGGAGUUUUCCAAUCUUAAAUGCACUUCCUGGGAUCCCGAGUGGGUUGACUUCGAGUAUUGCUAUCUGAAAGCAUAUAAUCGUACUUUCAGGUACCUUUCCCUGAAAGCUAAACUUUACAAAUUACCCGUUAAGGAAAUUAAGGUGAACUUUGCAUUGUUGAAGCGAUUUGGGGGCCUGAAGACAACUCUCUACAACAUUACUAUAGAUGGUUGCAAAUUUGUAAAGGAUGAAACGAAAGCAAAUCCAAUCAUAACAUAUCUCUACGGUUUCUACAGAGUUUACUCCAAUAUUAAUCAUACGUGUCCUUACGAUCAUGAUAUUAUUAUGGAGAAAAUCCCUGCCACCGUUUUCGACACACAAUUCUCUGAGAUUCUUCCAUUCGCUCGUGGGGAAUACCUCUUUAAGUCAAAUUGGAUUUAUCAAAGCAACAACAAGGCCUCCGUUCAUGUAUAUCUUUCAUAUACCUAAAAAGCUGAACAAUUGAAAAUUGUUCUUAAAUUUCCAAGUAUGAAUUUACUUGAA